AUGACUAACAACAGCGAAAGUGUUAUAGUCACUUCGAUGGGCAUGUUCAUCAUUGACGACAAUAUAUAUCCUCCGUCUUGGAACAGAAAGAACGACACAGACAUUAUUGGCGGAGGUGGUCCGUAUGCCAUUGUAGGAGCUACCAUGAUAGCAGGACGGGAAAAUGGACACAGGGUCAGUGGCAUAAUCGAUAAGGGUCUGGACUUUCCUAAAAAGGUUGAGGAGCAGUUGAAUUCAUGGCAGUCUGGAGUCAUCUUUCGAGAGAACCCAGAAAGACUCACAACCAGAGGAGUAAACACCUAUGACGAGAACCAUAUCCGUCAUUUUUCCUACAAGAAUCCCAAGAAACGUAUCGAAGUCGUUGAUAUAUUGCAACUGGAUAAAUUGUCGACUUCGCGAUGUUUUCAUUUGAUUUGCUCUAUUGAACGUUGUGAAUCGAUCAUAGACGAUCUUAACUCUAAACUAGACCAUACUCCAGUUUACAUAUAUGAGCCUCUCCCAGACGACUGUAUCUCUACCAACUUUGACAGGCUCAAACUCUUGCUUCCUAAGAUUGACAUUUUCACACCCAAUCUCGAUGAGGCCCAGGCACUCUUGGGCAGAUCAGGUUCACUUCCUAGCACAUCGGAAAAGCUUAAGGAAGUAGCGUCCCAUUUUAUGCCCUAUUUAAAGCUCAAGAACUCAGGAAUUAUCUUGAGAUGUGGUCCACUUGGUUGUUUCAUAAAUACCAUAGACGACUACAAUGUCUUGUUGCCUGCUUAUCACAGCGAUCAGACAAAGGUAGUAGAUGUCACUGGAGGUGGAAACUCUUUCUGUGGAGGAUGCAUAGCAGGAUUUUACUUGUCAGGAGGUAACUGGCUAGUAGCAGGAGUAAGUGGAAAUUUGGUCAGUGGGUGUGUUAUAGAGAAGUUGGGAAUGCCUCUUAGACAGUCUGAAACCAACAAAUGGAAUGGUCUGACAGUUUCAGAAAGAUUAGACACUUAUUUGAAAAAUAAUCCUCAGAUUAUCGAGGUUCAAAAUGAACAACUAUUACAGGGUUUGAACGUAUUGAAACAAGUAUAG